CGGGGUGACACCACCGCGGUCCCCAAGGGUGAGCCCUGCUCCUCCCCCUUUCUCAGCCAGAAAUAACCGCUGUCCUGCCGCCGCACCUUGGCACCCCGUGCGGAGCCCAGCACGGCUCGGGGCGAGCAGCACAGAGCCCCGGGUGCCCCGCGGAGCCAGCUGGGGCCACCAAAGGCUGGUGGCUCUGUCCUCGUCCCCGGCCCAGGCAGAGCGCAUCGCUGGUGUCGUAAGGAGCCCCCUGGGCAGGUAGGGGGGGCGAGGUCCCAACUUGGCCGGCCAGGAGCCGUCCCCAUCCCGUAGCCCUGCCCUAGGAGCGUGGCAACGGGCGAUGACCAUCAUGAAACCAGCCCCUGGAGAUGCACCCCAGCUGGACCUGGGCAAGAAGGUGAGCACGCCGCAGGACGUGAUGCUGGAGGAGCUCUCCCUCAGCACCAACCGCGGCUCCCAGCUCUUCCAGCAGCGGCAGAGGCGGAUGCAGCGCUUCGUCUUCGAGCACCCCAGCGGCUACAGGAAGCUCCCAGCGCCGGGUGGCUCGCACGGCACCGAGAAAGCCGGGCUGGAGGGGACGGCGAACGAGCCGCAGGCCGGGGACGCCGAGGGCCAGCAGAGCUUCCACUCGGAGCUGCACGUGGCGGCGUCGCCCCAGGGCGGCCCUCCUGAGGUGCCCAAGAAGUCGGAGAGAGUCUUGCAGAUGGGCAGAGUCCUCAACCCAGACAAUCUGGCCCCAGGGUACUCAGGGCCCCUCCGAGAAGUGCCCCCGGAGAAGUUCAACAUCACCGCCAUCCCCAAGGGCUACCGCUCCCCGUGGCAGGGGCUCCUCGGCGACAGGGACAAGGCCGUGGGCAGAGAGAACCAGCUGCCCAUGAAACCCUCGUACGGGGACUUCAUCAGCUUCAACAGGACUCCCACCCCGUUUGACAGAGCAGUGCUCAGCGACCUCUUCUACGUGCCUGCCACCGAGCUGGACAACCUGAGCGGUCUGGAGCUGAUUUCCCAGAGGCCCAACUUCAACAGAGUACCGCAGGGCUGGGCGCGGGUCCUCCCGGAGAGCGACGAGCUGUAGCACCCCCGCUCCCUCCCCCAUCGCCACCGAUGCUUUUCUCGCUAGACUCGACCAUAGUAGGGGAGAGGGCAGUAAGCGUUCUUGCCUAGCAUUUCGUGAAAGCUAAGCUCGAGGUCUCAGCUCGUCGUCCUUUUCCACGGGAUUUGAAGAA